ACCUACUCUUUGCAGCCCCUUGAGUUUAAAAACAUAAGAUAACCAUCAGAUUGAUUCAUUGGAUGCAAAAGAAAGUGAUUUGCUGGUUGUAUUACUUUUUAGUUAUCGCUUUAUGCAGGUUUUUGUGCUUUACGCAGCUGAUCCUGGAGCAUCUGAUGAUGGUGACAAAGAGUUAGAGAGCUUGUCUGCUGGGUCCCAGUGUGCCACACAAUGUCCUGCAGUGUCCACAGACAGCGAUCCUACUGUGGCAUGCUUGGACCUGAGCAGCCAAAAAGAUAUGAAUCGGACUGAUCUUGUCCUGGAUGAGCCCAACGUCGAGGUUUAUUUCCAGUCUUGCUGCAGGGCAUCCGGGGUGAAAGACCUGGUCAGAGAGUUCAUCAGAAAGGCAAAAAUGGCCCUGGCAAUAGUGAUGGAAAGCUUCAGUGACGUCGAGCUGCUCUGUGAUCUUCUGGAGGCGAGCAGGAAGAGGAAUGUCUCUGUUCAUCUGCUGCUGGAUCAUCUCAACCUCAACCUGUUCGUCAGCAUGUGGCAGGACCUCAAACUCGACAGCAAAAACUUCCCGAAACUGUCAGUACGCAGUGUGGAUGGACAGACCUACUGUGCCAAGACAGGCAUGAAGCUGACUGGCCAGAUUGCUGAGAGUUUCAUCAUCACUGACUGGACUGAGGUGCUGACCGGUUCAUACAGUUUCUCCUGGCUGUCCUGGCAGGUCCAUCGUAGUCUUGCUGUUCUUGUAAAGGGCAGCGCGGCCAUACCUUUCCAUCAGGAAUUCCUCAGGCUGUACUCCAGCUCCAAACCAGUCCCCGGCUUUGUGACUUUUAUCACUGUGCCUCACACUCUUCCUCUUUACACCACAUCACAUGCAGCUCAAAACGCUAACACUUACGCCAGUAAGACAAAAUCAAGCCCGACCAAAACAAUGUGCCACAGAGCUCGGGAUGAAGAUGCUCAAAACGCUCAGACAAAAGCAAAAAUGGCGGUUUUACGCAAUCCACAGAGCGCAGAAUUGGAGUGCAGCAAGGGCCAGCCUAUACACAUAGCAGGCACUGGUACACAAAUGCAUGAAAAACCUCCACAACUGUACCCAAAUCAUCUUGUUCAACCAGGAAUACUGCAGAGUGCAUCUGUGGGCAAGCCAAAUCUUACAUUGGGAGCUGUCUGCACACAGCAUGGUGCACAAACAAAUGUGGAACCUCUGGGGAAGAAUCAAGCCCAGAUCCAGAGUCACUCCAACCCUCUCAGUCAGACCCAUGUCUCAUAUGUUCAGUCUCAGCCUACCAGCCUUGCCAUCACCACUACAGCUGAAAAGAAUGCAACGGCUCAAGAGUCAAUCCCUCAACACGCUGCUUCCCCCACACACGGACAGCACAGGAUUGCCAGCUAUCAAUCGACUUUCAAGACAAAUCUUGAGCACCACAAUGUGGGUGCAGAAGGUCUUUUCUUUCAGCGUAGGAAUAGGAGCAGAUUGACAGAGCCUUCGGGGAUUGCUGCAGGUCUAGACACACAAAGACGACAAUGGAACUGCUCACUUGGCUUUAAACCAAAAGUGGACUUUCUAUCUGAUAAUCCCAAAGUCCUGCCUUCUUCCACAUCACAGCAAAAACAAGCAACGACGGGCCUGUGGUUCCCUUUAACCCACCAAAGAGGACCUACAUGUGGGCUACAACCUAAAGUGUCCUCUCUAGGAACCAGGAGGCAUGAUCAGCCUCAGAAGCACCACCAAACCUCCCUCCAGGCACACCCAACCACAGAGGCUCCUGGUUCAAAGUCAGCAUCAUCAGCUGUGGAGGCUCAUCUUAAACAUCAGCUCCAGUCGGACUCGAAGGUACUACAUCUACAGCCCCACACUUCCCAGCAGGCGAGGCCCCCUCAAAGAUUAAACUGGAUUCCCCAGAGUCACACUGAAAGACUCAGACCUGUGGCUUGCCACAGCUCUUUCAACACCACCUACAGGACGGGACAGAGGAUGGACGGACAGGUGUGCUGGAGGCCGUUUCAUAGCAACAUGAAUACAUCAUUAGGAAGGAGCAAGAGUAUGACUGGCAGACACUCAGCAGGCCUGAAUCCAAAGAUAACCAAGACGUAACAGGA